UGACACAUCAUUGUUCAAUUCAGUGAUUCAAUGAUUCGCUCGGAUUGUUUUCUCGAGUUAUUUACGUCAGAGUUUUUUCUUUUAUUUUUUUUGUGUGGAUGGUCUGUGGUUUGUGUGAGCGGCUAUAAUAAUAAUAAUCUAUUCUAUAAUCUUAGUCUAAAACAAUCGCAAAUUAAGCUAAGAAUCGAAAAUCAUCAUCAUCAUGGAUCAUCGAAUAUGUAGAUUAUUAACAUUAUCAUUGACCAUUAUAUUGUUGAUAACACUGAAUGGUUGUUAUGGACGAUUCUAUGGACGACCGUUUGUUGAUCAAGAUCUAGAAGAUCGUGCUAAUUCUUUGGAUGAUUUGGAUGAUCAAUUAUCAGAUGUACAAGGACGAACAUCCUCAUUGUCAGCAAAUGAUCUUUUAUAUUUAACGUCGAAACAUGCUAAAGAAAAUCGUGAAUGGUCAUUACAAACGGAAAAACAUCAUUAUGAUCAGCUUCUUAGUCAGGUAUCCGGUGUAGCGGCAACCAAAGAUUUUCUUUACAUAUUUCAUCGUGGAAAUGUUACCUGGAAUCAAAACUCAUUCAACGAUGAUAAUGUAUAUCAACACCAGGAUAGACCUGUCAAUGUUGAUACGAUUGUGGCAGUUGAUUUAGAAAAUGCUGAUGUUAUGUUUUCAUGGGGAAAAGAUAGAUUCUAUCUACCACAUGGAAUAUCCGUUGAUCCACAAGGCAAUCUUUGGCUGACCGAUGUUGCCCUACAUCAAGCAUUUCGUUAUAAAAAUAAUAAUUUUGAACAAGCUGAUCUAGUACUUGGUGAACGUUUCGUACCUGGUUCUGAUCAUGGUCAUUUCUGUAAACCAACGGAUGUCGCUGUAGCCUCCACUGGAACAGUUUAUAUCAGUGAUGGUUAUUGUAAUUCACGAAUUGUUGUUUUUACACCAAAUGGACAUUAUCUCACAGAAUUUGCUAAUAAUGAUAAUCUACGAACACCACAUAGUCUAGCAUUAUUGGAGAAUGAAGAUUUGAUUUGUGUUGCUGAUCGAGAAAAUGAUCGUAUAAUGUGCUAUAGUGCUGGAUUGACUAGUUCAAUUUCAUCAGAUGUUAUACGUCGUCCACCUGGUUUAUUACUAUUUGAAUUGGAACAAAGUGAACUACGAAAAGUAUAUGCUAUAGCUCAUUUGGGUGAUGUUAUUCUAGCUUUGAAUGGUGGCCCACAAUCAACAGUCGGUAUUUCGAUUGAUUUAGGUACCGAACAAAUAGUGGAUGUAUGGUCGCCACAAAAUGGAUCAUUUUAUGAUGCACAUGAUUUAAGCCUGACUCCAAAUGGUCAAUCAUUUUUCGUUUGUCAAUUAUCAUCAGCUGCUAAUAAUAAUCGAUCGAAAAUCGUGAAAUUUGAUCUCGAAGAUUAUCCUGUAUUCAUAUCGGAAUAAUAAUAAGCCAACGGCGAAACAAAGAUGAAACAAUUAAUUGGCAAUUGUGGAGUUAUCAAUUACCCACCAUCAUUCCUACAUGCACAAUAACAACACUCCCUCAAAUAUUGAUCUCUUUAUGAAUUUUUUCCAAAAAAAAAAGAAAAAUUAUUUCAAAAUGAUGAUGAUCCCUGUUGAUGAUUUUAAAACUAACAAAAAAAAUCUUGACAAAUAAAGCUUUUCCUUACUCCA